GAGCAUCUCGGAUACAGUCCAAGUGUACAGCAGUAGUACGCUGUGAAAGUAUACAGAGUCAACAGAUUUGUUGUUAAUUGGUUCAGUGCUGCAGACUGCAUCUGGUCCCUACACUCAACCUUUUGGAGCUCUUAUUCCCAAUCAAUGUACACAAAAAUGUCUACCGGGGCAGAUGUUCGUGAUAUCCUGGAGCUGGGAGGUGGUGAUUCUGAAAACACGCCCAUCAGUAAAAAGGAUAUUAUUAACUCAGAUAAGAAAAAGUCAAAGAAAUCAGCAGAAGCGCUCACUUUUAAGAGACCAGAGGGAAUGCACAGAGAAGUUUAUGCUCUACUUUAUUCUGACAAAAAGGAUGCCCCACCAUUGCUUCCAAGUGACACAACCCAAGGUUACAGGACUGUUAAGGCAAAGCUUGGCUGUAAGAAGGUACGACCAUGGAAGUGGAUGCCUUUUACCAACCCUGCCAGGAAGGAUGGUGCAAUAUUUUACCAUUGGAGACGUUUAGCAGAUGAAGGCAAAGAUUACCCAUUUGCUCGGUUUAAUAAGGCUGUUCAGGUGCCUGUAUACUCAGAGCAAGAAUAUCAGAUGUGUCUACAUGAUGAUGGAUGGACCAAAGCAGAAACAGACCAUCUCUUUGACCUCUGCAAGCGCUUUGAUCUCCGUUUUAUUGUCAUCCAUGACCGUUAUGACCACCAGCAGUUCAGGAAACGUUCAGUAGAAGAUCUGAAAGAGCGAUAUUAUAGCAUUUGUGCAAAGUUAACAAAGAUCCGAGCCCCAACUGGUGCUGAUCCCAAGCUUUCUGUUUUUGAUGCUGGGCACGAAAGACGGAGAAAAGAGCAGCUUGAGAGACUGUACAAUAGAACACCAGAGCAGGUGGCUGAAGAAGAAUACUUAAUACAAGAAUUAAGGAAAAUUGAAAUGAGAAAAAAAGAACGAGAAAAGAAAACACAGGAUUUACAGAAACUCAUCAUAGCUGCAGACAACACCACAGAAAUGCGCAGGGCAGAGCGAAAGGCAGCAAAAAAGAAACUUCCGCAGAAAAAAGAAACAGAAAAACCGACUGUACCAGAAACCGCAGGUAUCAAAUUUCCAGAUUUCAAGUCUGCUGGAGUCACAUUACGAAGUCAAAGGAUGAAACUACCAAGCUCAGUUGGACAGAAAAAAAUCAAAGCCAUUGAACAGAUGCUCACGGAAUUGGGAGUUGAUCUAAAUCCAAUGCCCACAGAAGAGAUUGUGCACAUGUUCAAUGAACUUCGCAGCGAUCUGGUGUUACUGUAUGAGCUCAAGCAAGCUUAUGCCAAUUGCGAAUAUGAGCUUCAGAUGCUACGACAUCGAUACGAAGCACUGGCAAAGGCAGGGACAACCAACUUAGCAUCAGGAGAAGGCUUUGGCAUAGAUGGACAGAUAGGAACUGUGGGAACUAGUUCUGAGGAAAUUAAGGGAGAAGGAAAAGAUCAGUUCAUUGAUGUUGUUGGAGCUGCACCUCUCACACCAAACUCGGAACAGUUUACAAUUUUUGGAAUGUGGGGGGAAACCAGAGCACCCGGAGAAAACCCACACGGUCACAGGGAGAACAUGCAAACUCCGUACAGAAAGCACCUGGAGUCAGGAUCGAACCCGGGUCUCUGAUGUGAGAAAGCGAAGAGAAUCUGCUUCAAGCUGUUCUUCUGUAAAGAAAUUGAAGAAACCCUGAACGUAUGUGAAAGUCUAGAAAGUGGACUAACGUGGUUGUGUGGAUCUUUCACUACAUAGCUGUUUUGCAAAAAAACACCAUCAAUGCCCCUGCAAACUUGGGAACAGUGAGCUCUGUUGAUAAUAUCCAGCAGCAUUGGAAAGGAAUGACUACUGCAAACACAACAACAGAAGGAAAGCAUCCAAGCUAUGUCCAGUAGAGGUUCCAUCAAAUAGCCCAGAACUGACCCAGAACAUCAUUAUCAAGACUUUUUUUUUGCAUUGAAGUCCUUUUGAUAUUUGUAUUGAGGGUUUUAUUCUGUUUGUACAGGGCAAUUAAAGUAAUCAUGAGUGAAGGCCACUCACGUAACCAUCGUUUUGUUACAAUUUCUCCUUCAAGAAAGAAAUUGCUACAAGUAUGUACAGAAUCAAUUUAUUAGGAAAUGUUCAAAUUACUUUGUAAACCUCUGUUGUAGUGCAGAAAUAUCAGUGUAGAAUAAAGGAAUCUUUUUUAAA